AUUCCGCAAAUGUACGAGCUGCGGCCCGAGCGAGCAGCCAUAAUUGGGAUUAUUCAGGAAUAAUUCGCUCAAUCCAGCUGCCUUUUUUGCCUUUUACUUUUCUUUUUUUAAUCAUUCCUCCUACAUUACUCGUCAUUUCGACAUCGUUGACGAUGUGAAUCUUUAUCCAUUUGCCUGUUUUUUUUUUCAUUGUGCCGCGGACGGGGCGCCUUUUUUUUUUUUUUUGUCAUGUAUUCCGGGUAGCUCAAGCUUCGCCGGGGAGCAAAACAAAGGCUGUAUUUCAAGUGUUUGCGUGGAAUUUCAUCGCCCCCCCUCCCCCCCGGAGAAAGAUGGAGAAAUGGAAGACUUGUCUGUGCGGACACAAUCCACGUCAAGCGCGUUCAUUUAGGGGCCGCACGGUCGUUCUCUCCCGUCUCUCUGCCGUCUGUGGGUGGGUUUUUAUAAGCAUUGAAAAUCUGACAUCAUUUGGAUAAAUGCAAGGAAGAAGAUAGUUUCCGUUUGUCCUCUGGAGAUCCACCCGCGACGUGAUGCAGCACAGACUGUUUACACGGCCGACGCUCAGUGGAUAUAGUUCUCUUUUCCCGUUAGCCGCCUCUUAAAUGUGGCUCAAGCUUCAUCCCGGAUUGUCUGAUCAGCUGUUGGCGGUGCUGUUGUUGAUCGCGUGUUCCCGUUUCCCCCCCCCCUGCGUGGAUUUAUGCAUAACAGGUGUUGUUGAACACGACACGAGGAUUUAUUAUGUGCUCUUCUUCUCUCCCUGCGAGCAACGGUGAGACAAAAGCGACUCAUAUUUUUGAUGCUGUUUUUUUUUUUUUUUUGGGGGGGGGGGCACAAAUGAGAGGAUGCAAGGUGGCGAGCUGCUGGACAAAGAGGAAAGAUGAGUCUGACGUGUAGAAAAUACCUCCUCUUGUAGAAGCGAGCAGACGGCGGCUGUAAGAGGAUCAGUGGAGCUUAUAGAGCAGGCACACCCGUGUGGCGGCUGAUAGAAUGGCCAACCAGAGCUUCGCCAUUGACGGCCCGGGCAGUUUGCUGGCUGUGUUGGCCUCACAGAGCGGCCUGGCCAGAGGAGGCAGCAGCAGCGACAGCGGCAGCGGCGGAGGAAUUUCGGCCACAGACGUGUCGGCGUACUUCAAGUUAGUCUUCUUAGGGUUGAUCAUCUGUGUCAGCCUGGUGGGCAACCUCCUGGUCUCCAUGCUGGUCCUACGAGACCGGACACUCCACAAAGCCCCGUACUUCUUCCUGUUGGAUCUGUGUCUGGCCGACGCGGUCCGCUCGGCGGCCUGCUUCCCCUUCGUGCUGGUGUCGGUGCACAACAGCUCGGCGUGGACCUACAGCGCCCUCAGCUGCAAAGUGGUGGCGUUCAUGGCCGUGCUCUUCUGCUUUCAUGCUGCCUUCAUGCUCUUCUGCGUGGCCGUCACGCGCUACCUUGCCAUCGCCCACCACAGGUUCUAUGCCAAGCGCAUGACCAUCUGGACCUGCGCCGCCAUCAUUUGCAUGGUGUGGACUUUGGCGGUCGCCAUGGCGUUCCCGCCCGUCUUUGACGUGGGUACGUACAAGUUCAUCCGGGAUGAGGAUCAGUGCAUUUUUGAACACCGCUACCUGAAGACCAACGACACCCUGGGUUUCAUGCUCAUGCUGGCCGUAGUGGUUCUGGCCACGCACGGCUUCUAUGCCAAACUGCUGCUCUUCGAGUACAGGCACCGUAAGAUGAAACCGGUCCAGCUGGUACCGGCUAUCAGCCAAAACUGGACCUUCCACGGUCCCGGCGCGACGGGCCAAGCGGCGGCUAACUGGAUCGCCGGGUUCGGUCGAGGUCCGAUGCCGCCCACUCUGCUGGGAAUCCGGCAGAACCUACACAAUCAACACCGGCGGCUGCUGGGGAUGGAUGAGGUGAGGUCCGAGAGGAGGCUGGGUCGCAUGUUCUACACCAUCACCCUGCUCUUCCUGGUCCUGUGGGCUCCUUACAUCGUGGCGUGCUUCUGGAGGGUGUUUGUCAAGUCGUGCAGCAUCCCUCACAAGUACCUCUCCAUCACCGUGUGGAUGAGCUUCGCUCAGGCCGGAGUCAACCCCAUCUUCUGCCUCCUGCUCAACGAGGAUCUGAGAAAAGUGCUGCGAGCCCACCUGCCCACCUACUGGAGGACUAAACAACACCUGCCCCAGGACGAGGCCUACUGCAUCAUGUGAGGGAGGUCGCCAGGAGAAUGUCUUUUAGAUACGAGAAAAAGGAUAUGACCCCAACUUUUUUUGCCAAUGGCACGGUGCCAUUUUAAAAAGAAUGUCGAUAUUUGUCUGUUAGAGGUUUGGACGCGGCAACAGAAAACUGAACUCUCGAAUGGUUCGUGUUUUCUGAUGAUGGAUGAAUAGGUGAGCUCACCCCUGGAAGUGAAACGGAUGCCAUUUUUAUUAUCAUGUUGCCUUAAUAAAGAGGGACACAGUUCAGUGUCUGUGCCACUUGAGGCACAAAACUGAGCAUUAGAACGUUUUGAUCACAGACCUGAAACACAUCAUGAGGAACUCAAAGAGUCUGAAAGGAUGGAGCGACCGCCUCGGACUCCUUUUCGUGUCAUUAAAAGGAGUCUUUGGAUUUCUUUGGAUACAUUUAAAUAGCAGUGACGAACCCACCAGACCCCUAACAUGCUUUUGGACUUCAUUUGGGGUGCGCUAGAUUUCUUUGUAUCGUAAACAAACAAAAAAUUGCCUGUUUUUCCUUUAUUUGUAAACAAUACAUGGUAAGCAGAUGACACUAUUUUGAAAUAUGACUUGGUUUCAUAUUGUACGGACUGUACAGGAAGGUAUACUCCUGCUUGUGUGUUUUUUAUAUUGCAUUUGUGAGUAUACGUGCGCGAGGGGGAAGCAUGCACUGAUGUACCGAUGCCGACCAUGUUGGUGCAGCUGUGAUGUCAUCAUAAUUACACGUUGACCAUGGUUGUAUGGGAACAACGCCGACGAGGUCAUAGCAGUCUAGAGAGCGAGAGGGGGAUGACCAAAAAGGACUGAAGAUGACGUGAACAAGUCAACAUGAUAUGUGCUCUGGUAUUAUAAUACAAGCCAUCAAAUGGAAAUGGAUGAUUUUUAAAGUAUGAAAGACAAUGCCUAAUAUAAGCGAUUAGAAAAUACCGCAAGCAGACCACCUGAAGUACUUACGUACAUUGUACAAAAAAUAUGCAAAUAGGCAUUUAUUUGCAGAUCAAUGAUGAUGGGGAAUGUUUUUAAAGUAUCGACAAGUGAUUCUAAAUGCGGGUGAAUAUUAAAUGUUAAGCCAUUCCAACGUCAACCAUUUGAGUGUCUGGAUGGAUCACACUUCUUAAGUUGUUCUUCUUCCCCCAAACUGUCUCCAGCAGCUGUAUUGAGUGGUCUCUCCAAAUUCAGAUUUGUGCAACUGCAGUAUAUUAGGCAUAGAUAUAAACGUGUGCAGUCGAUCUCGAAUGUGGACACUUGCACUACAUUAG